UGUCUUGGUGGGCCUCCAUCUUCCUCUCUGGAUAUCCUAUAAACUGUGCGUAUCCGUCAUAGAGACUCAGAGCUGGCUUUCGAUCUCGAUCGAUAUUUCACACAACCAUUACGAUCAUGGAGCUUGCCAAUCAGUUGUAUCAGGGACAGUCGGCCAUCGAUGAGGGGAGGCAUCCAGAAGACGUCACUGUCACGGAACCACCAAGGAAGUUGAGCCUAGCAAACAACUUCUCUUAUCCCAGGCCAGAAACACAAAUGAGUCGCCAUGAGUCAAGUGAUAGUCGGUCGUCGUUGACUUCAAAUGGCUCUGUGCCGGGGAUGACAGACUCGUCUGAUUCGGAAACAUCGUUCGAUGAAGACAGCAGUUACAAUACGUCAGCUAGUGAACUAUGGGAUAGCUUUUGGCCCGAUCGUAUGGCUGUUCCUGAAGAGCAGUAUCCGGCACUCUUAAGAGAGUCGCAGACGCCAAAUUACUUCACGAAGAAUUUCCCCAAGCAAGAAGCUCAAGAGGCAGAUGAUACGAUCACGGUAUCAAAGUUGGAGAAUGCCUCCCAAGAGGAUACAGUUCUUUCAUCCGACGUGCCAGCUUCUCGACGGGCAGUCAGAGGUAGCGCACCAUCGUACUCCGUUUACCCCAAGUUGCAACCUACCAGCGCGUUACGAGUCAACCUUCCUCCGCGGACUUCCUCAUUAAGUACAGUGCCAUCAUCACCACCACCAUCCCGACGGCACAUAUUGAAACCUAGCAACUCGAACACAAACCUCAAAUCCAGCAGCAAGUUCCCAUAUGCAUUUCAGCAAAACUACGCCUUUCCGCCAGCAACCAAGGUUCCAAUACGGCCGACGUCGCCCAGGUCGGUCCCCGUGUCACCUGCUUACCCGCCCCCACCGCCUCCCCGGACUCUUCGCGCAGCCAGCUCAGCUCUCAAUUUACGUGAUAAGAGAAGCCCACUGAAUCAAAUCCAGAACAACACACCGUUUCCCUUAUCACCGCCUUUUUCCAUGAUGCCACCGCCUAUGCCGGAGACCCCGCCUGCAUCGCGGCCUGAGCUUGAGCGAUACGUCUCUGUGUUCGAAUUUGACUCAGACCGCGAAUCUUAUGUGGAGAGCAGUAGCUUCAAAAAACGUAUCGUCAGAGGAUUUCACAAGAAAAGUGCCAGCGAGAAGAGGGACAACAAUGAACGCCGCUCGAGUGCAGACUCGAAUACGCAAAGCAAAGAGGGUUCUAACCGCAAGCGUGGCGGUAGCUUGGGCCGAAUUUUGGGACUCAGAAGUCGGUGAGCACUAGCGGACACUCUAGACGAUCAAAGACGAAUAUCACUGUUACAUUACGAUUUCCUUCCAUUUAUGUCACGUUCUCACAUGGACAACCCUGGUGG